UUUUUUUUUUUUUUUUACUUUACUCUGGCUACAACAACACUGUUUCUCUCUUGCUCUAAACUGGUUAUUGUUUCAAUUUCUCUCUUUUUCGCUCUAGCUAGUAAACUUACAUAGUUCUUCAAUUGAUAUUAUUUAAUUGAUAGGCAAAAAGGGAUCAUCCAAAUUUAAUUAUCUUGUUUUACCUCAAAUCAAUGUAGCAAUGCAUUUAAAUUGAAUUCACGGACAUCUUAUAUGCUGAUUUUAAAGAACUCCGAACUAUUUCACUCUCUCUUUUCUUUCUCUAUAUGAGUCUUAAAGACAUUAUCGAGAUCUCGAGCGAGCCACUUCCAACACUCGACUAUAUCACAGGUCUUGUUCAAGAUGAUACAGCGGGCGCUAUCACUACUUUCUCAGGCACAACACGGAACACGUUUGAAGACAAGACAGUUGUAGAAUUAGAAUACGAAGCAUAUAUACCCAUGGCUAAAAAAGUACUAAUGGAAUUGAUAAAAGAAGCAAGGAGUAAAUGGGACUUGAAACAUGUAUCUAUUUAUCAUAGAACAGGUGUGGUGCCUGUGGGGAAAGUCAGUGUGGUGGUGGCCACUUCAUCAAAGCACAGAGCAGAUUCAAUGGAUUCGGCCCGUUAUCUUAUUGACGAAUUGAAAGACAGAUGCCCAAUUUGGAAGCGUGAAGUGUAUCAAGACGGCAGUGUUUGGAAAGGAUCUUGCACUGGAUGCCAGAAAAAGCAUUGAGUUUUAAAAUGAAGGACAAUAAACAUUCACACGCACACACGCACAAUAGAAUAAGCUUUUUCU